AUGCGUGAGACUGGAACUAGCAUCAAUGAAUACUUAGAGUUUUACCGAGAAGCUUGGUCAGAACUACAGUUGCAAUCACGUCCUGAUCGUCAGUACCAGCAAGGCAACGUGAUACAAACAUGGAUGAUAUCAUAUCUUGAGAUCAAGAAGCGGGACCCAAAUGCAGCAGCGCUGCUACUGCUACUUGCUCGCUUUGAUAAUCGAGAUAUCUGGUAUGAGUUGGUAGAGAGUGGCCAUCAUAGCUCUAGCGUCCCCGACUGUCUCAAGGAUGCUACAUCGAGCGCACUCGCGUUCAAGAUAGGUAUGAGGUCUCUCGUUGGAUUCUCUCUGCUUGAAAGUAAACAACAAGAGGGGAGCUAUGCGAUCCAUCCUGUGGUACAGGACUGGUGCCUUCAUAUUGCCAACACGAGCAAAUAUGUGAAUUGGAUGCAGCUUAAUGAGCUGGCGCUGAUAUCUGUUGGAUACUCUGUGCCCAGUGCAAGUAAUAGGAACUAUUCAGAGCUUCAGCAACGGCUCCUUCCACAUGCCAAUUAUGUAUGUCAUCUAGAUUGGUCAGAUGACAAUAUUGAGGUAUGGGGGGCACUCCAUGGUUUAGGGGAUCUUUACUCUAAUCAGGGCAAGUUGAAGGAGGCAGAGGAGAUGUAUGAGCAAGCACUAGCAGGAUAUGAGAAAGCCCUUGGUCCUGAUCAUAUAUCUACUCUUAAUACAGCCAGUAACCUUGGCAGCCUCUACUCUAAGCAGGGCAAGCUAAAGGAGGCAGAGGAGAUGUACCAGCGAGCUCUGGCAGGCAAGAAAAAGGCCCUGGGUCCAGAUCACGAUACAUAG